GACUUGGAUGAAAGAACUGGAGAAUUGGAUGAAAAUAGUCUGGUUUAUCUGAUAACUAUCCAGUUGUUGAUUGGAUUCAUUGGACUUGUUGAGCUUUUGUUUAUUGGGAGAGUUGGGAAGAGAAGAUUCAAGGAGAAGAAGAGAGGUUCUUCGGAGGUCUUUUGAACAACGUCAACGUCAACUAUCGAACAACUAUCUUUCAAGUUUCGACUAUCAAUCAACUUCCAACGACAAACCUUCAUCUCAAUAACCCAUCAAAUGUCUCACCAUAUAUCCUCCUUCUUCAAAUCCGCCGCUGGCGUAGCCGAAAAUGUCUGGGAAAGCGCCGCAAAUAAUCUCUCGAAUAGUCCAAAACGCCAUCGCGAUCGCAGGGUAACCGUUGGUCAAGCUGGAAACCAACCCAUUCAACAACCUCAGCAAGCCAAGAAAGCUCAACAACCUCAACCAAGACGCCUAUUCCCAGCUGUAAGGCCUGCAGCUAUUCCAGUUGCUUCAGCUCAACCUAUUGGUCUCGGUUUGGGUAUGGAACUGAGUGAUCAAUUUCAAUCUAGCAUUCCACGCGGUGUUGAAAACCAAAACCCAAACCCAAAUUCAAAGAUAUCUGUAAUGGUUGAUUCAACUCCUACAAAGAAAAGCACAAGCGCCACAACAACACCGCCAAACAUCACUUCAACCUCAGCACUCACAAAAACCUUCAGCAAAAACACCCAAAGAAGCGCAAAUAGUAAGGAGACAAGCACGAGCAAGAGUGGAAAUAGUUAUAAUCCGCUCGUGACUACGAGUUCAACAUAUACGAAUCCGAGUGAGAAUUUACCCCCAACUCCGAAUUUGAGGGCGGUGGAUGAGCUGGGGAGGUUUGCUGAUACGGUUGCUAAGGUUGGUGUGGGUGCUAUUGGGGAUGAGGAUAGUGGGGGAGAAGAAAGUGGAGGGGGAAGUGCGAGUCAAAGUCAGAGCCAGGGUGAUGAAAUUAGUCCGGUGGAUGGAUUGAGUAUGUUUGGUCCUAGUCCUGGUCUUGUGGUUGGCUUUGGUGGUGCUGUUACACAUGAGCGAAGCGAGCGUCAAGGAAGUAUCAAUAUGCAAACUCCCACUGCUACAGCCUCGGGAUCUCGAGUUCAUACCUACCGAGGCGUUGAUCAUGGCCCUGUUGCGAUUCCUGGUUCGGGUUCAGCAUCAGGUUCAGCAUCGGGUUUCAAUACUCCAAGACUUAUUGCUGCAGGAAUUAGUACCACAGGAUUGGGUACUUCAGGAGUCAGUACGCAGAGAAGAGAACGUGCUUUUACUAUUCCGAGAAAACCUGUCCCGAUGACGAUUGUUGUAGGAAACACUGGUUUCGAAGUUGUACCUUAUGGACGCCCAAUUGAAGAGAUUAGCACUGGCGCCUGUAUCGUGAACAGGCAGGAGUGCAUGGAUUGGAAGGAAGAGUUCGGUGGACAAGUUGAAGACGAGGGAGAAGAUGAAGGUGGUGAGGAAGAAGAAGUUGCUGGGGAGAACGAAGAGGAGAGAAAAGAAAGAUUGGAGAAGGAGAGAAAGGAGAGAGAGAAGCGAGAUCUCCUCCACGAAAACCCCCUCCUCUCCCACCCAAUCGAACCAACCACAAUCGCUACCGGCACUCCACCAACCGUCUCUCCAAUCUAUAUUGCGGCAACCUCUCUCAAUUCCAAACGUCGGGGAUUUCGUCGUUCCUGGACCGCUCCCAUUAACGGCUUUAAUUUCACCAGUUUAGGCGGAAUUGGCGUCAUGGGUUUCGGAAACACAAAUCAAGAUGCAAGUAUGCACGGAGGACUUGGCGAUGCAGGAAUGGGAAUGGCAAUGGGUCAGAGAGGUAGUGCACGCGAUAGGUAUAGUGGAAAUAGUAGUGAAGGAAUAGGAAUGGGUUCGAGACGGGGAAGUUUUUUGAGGAGAGCUAGUGUUAGUUUCAAGGGAAUGGGAAUGGGAAUGCAGGAAUUUUUGAGGAGUGCGAGUGGAGGUGGAAGUAGUGUAUUUGCUGGGGCGGGUGCUGUUGCUGGUCCGGGAGGUAUGGAUCAUACAGGUGGAGGUCGAAACUCAGGAAUCGAAAGACCGGCUACGAUGCAAUCGGAGUACAGAGGUGUGGGAGGAUAUGCAGGGGAUGAGGCAAUGUCUAUUGCACGCGAGAGAAUUGCCGAAGCUGAAACUCAAAGACGAAGAAGCCAUCGCGAAUCAAUGAUCCUGCCAAAAUUCGAGUGGGAGGAAGAGUUCACUAGUGCGGAUGAUGAGGAUGAUGCUUAGGUUAUGUUUUCAAUUUGUCUCGGAAGUUUAUGAAUACAAUACUAGGUUGUUUGACAAUGGGAAUGAAUGGAUGGAUACUGGUUAAUCAGGGCUACAUAAAAUUCGUUGGCUGGAUGGAUACUUUGCAUGUUUGCUAAGAGGGAAGGUCUGCUUGCUGUGGUGAUGAAUGAAUUAUGGGAGAAUAGGACAGCUAUAGCUGUAUUUCAUGAGUGCUACGACUGAAUAUGGAGGAAAUGUAAUGGAAUCAAUGGAUAGGAGGACUUAAUACAUGGAUGCGUAAAUGAGAGGAUUUGAUGAUGAGUUUUAGCUAGAUAGUCA